CAAUCAAAUGCUAUAAUAUCCUUACCGCAGAUAUCGACGAGUGUUUGCUGUUCACCUAUAAGUGCGAAGAUGAAUCCAUGCAAUGCGAAAACAAACCUGGCUCUUACAAGUGUGUUUGUGGGGAAGGACUGUAUUGGAUUGACAACAAAUGCCAAGGACUUGAAAAAGGAGCUGAGCCUCCUCCACCUCCCCCAGCCGAAGAGCCGCGAACACCAUCUGCCGAGGAGAGAAGCCAGUCUGUCGAGUUGGAGAUACAGGGGUUAAAUGUGUCUCAGUGGAACCAACCCCUACAAGAAGCAUUCAAGGUUGCAGUUGCAACGGCAGCAACGAAGCACUGUUCAGAAACGGACGACUGCAGAUCGACACCUACCAGUGCUCGCCGUAAGAGGGCAGCUUCGUACAUCAUCUUCACAGAAGACCAAGUUCACGUUCUUCCAGGCUACCCAAAACAGAUCUCUACGAACCCUCUACUGGCAAGCUUAGCAUUUUACUUGCAGUUUCCACCCGGCACUUCCAAUGUUGAUGCCAUCUCGAAAGACAACCUCGUUUCCAUUGUUGAAGGGUCUAUUGCAGACAUUUCAAACUCCAUUAAUGGUAACAUCUCGAGCGUGCAAACCCUCGUCGCUGAAACAUCAACAACGGUAACAUCAACAGUAGCUCCAUCUAGGCCCACUGAAAAAGACUCUAACAAGAUGCCUUACAUCAUUGCGGGUUCCGUAGCCGGCGGGCUGUUGGUCAUUAUCAUUGCUGUUAUAAUCAUAUGGAAAUGCAGUAAACCAAAGAACAGAAUUCCCAAGCGCAUUGCUGAUUCUCCCAGAGAAAAAUCGAAGCUGGAAAUGGAAGUCGUUGCUGGUUCUAUCAAUGAUGGAUACAACAAGGACCAGCCAAUUUGAACGAUUGAUAACCAUCCGAAGAAGCAAUACCUGUUUAUUAAAAGCAGAAAAUAAUGAUAAAAGGUUGAACUUAGUUAACGUAAAUAAUCCAUCAGUUUUGCGCUGCGUAAUUUCAUAUAAUAGCGUAAUUUUUGUAACUUUUUAAAUUAUAUCAAUAGUGGUGUGACCGACCAUGUCUAUUCUAAUAGUCGCAUUUCGAACGCGGAUGUCUGCAAAUUUAGAUUUCAUUAUAUACCCGUUGUCUCUCUCGCUCUGCAAGAUUGUCAAAUCAGGAGCCAUGAAUUUUACUGGAAGGUUAUAUUACAACAAGAUUUUGCUAGGGAGACAAGUAAUUGCUUCAUUUAAGUAUUGCCUCUCCUACGUCCGCUAUAACCGACGCAUAACCUGAUAACGACAUCAGCACGUUAGACAAGACAAAUAAGACAAAUCAAACAGACAAAUCACAAAAACGAUUAACGCCUUUAGUUUUAUCUAUUUGCUGUUUGUUAAGAAUUUGGACAUGUGUCGUCUAGCUGUCAGUAAAACUUAACGCUUAUUAAUCAGUGUGCCAAUGAUUAUGAUAUGACGACUUUUUACGUCUAUGUAGUAUAACGAUUAGCCAACCAGAUUUUCUCUCCGAAGAACACUCACGAACAAAAACUGUUGAAACUUUGCAUUGCUUUUAUUUUAGCAGUUCACGAGUCCCAGUCAGAGGUGAGGAUAAAUUAACAAACUUUGUCGUUUAGAAGUCAUAACAACAGCUUUGGAAUAACAUCGAUCACUUUCCCAUUUAUUAUUGCAAGUGGCUAAUAAAGGUCUCCCAAAUAAAGUUAGCCUUUUGGUUUGUCGUGA